UGAAAUACAGAAAACAAUCAGUUGAACUAAGUGGUAAAUGUGAUAGUAGUUGAUAUAGCACAUAGAAGUUGUUCUGCCUGAUUGUCUUGAUAAAAAUAAAAAGAGAUUGUCUAAACGACUCAUGAUAAAUUUUGGGUUAAAUCACUCAUUGCCUGGGUGGUGUUUGAUGGAAUGCCUGAGAGGAAUGAGGUUGCUUGGACUGUUAUGAUUGUCGGUUAUGUUGGGAACGGGUUUACAAAGGAAGCUUUUUGGCUCCUGAAAGAAAUGGUCUUUGGUUGUGGUUUUGAGUUGAAUUGUAUUACCCUUUGUUCGGUUUUGUCAGCUUGUUCUCAGUCUGGUGAUGUGUGUGUGGGUAGGUGGGUUCAUGGUUUUGCAGUGAAAGCAAUGGGGUGGGACUUGGGUGUUAUGGUGGGGACAAGUUUGGUUGACAUGUAUGCAAAAUGUGGUAGGAUAAGUACUGCGUUGAUGGUGUUUAAGAACAUGUCAAGAAAGAAUGUGGUGGCGUGGAAUGCUAUGCUUGGUGGGUUGGCCAUGCAUGGGUCGAUGGGUAAAGUAGUGGUGAAUAUGUUUCCUCGCAUGGUGGAAGAAGUGAAACCUGAUGCUGUGACUUUUAUGGCUUUGUUAAGUGCUUGCAGCCAUUCGGGUCUAGUUGAACAGGGUCGGCAGUACUUUCGUGAUCUUGAGCCUGUUUACGAGAUAAGGCCAGAAAUAGAGCAUUAUGCUUGCAUGGUAGAUCUUCUUGGUCGAGCUGUACAUUUGGAAGAAGCUGAGCUUUUGGUGAAGAAGAUGUCAAUUCGUCCAAAUGAAGUUGUUCUGGGGUCCCUUUUGGGUUCAUGUUAUGCACAUGGUAAGCUGCACCUGGCGGAAAAGAUUGCGCGAGAGUUGCUUGAGAUGGAUCCACUGAACACAGAGCAUCAUAUCCUGCUUUCAAACAUGUAUGCAUUGUCUGGAAAAGUAGAAAAGGCAAAUUCCUUUAGGCAGGUUCUUAAGAAAAGGGGUAUCAGAAAGGUGCCAGGAAUGAGCUCCAUAUAUGUUGAUGGUCAACUUCAUCAGUUUAGCGCAGGGGACAAGUCACACCCGCGAGCUUCAGAGAUUUACAUAAAGCUAGACGACAUGAUUUGCCGUUUGAGGUAUGCUGGCUAUGUCCCCAAUACAACUUGUCAAGUUUUGUUUGGUUGUUCUAGCAGGAGUGGUGAUUGCACGGAAGCAUUGGAGGAGGUAGAACAGGUAUUGUUCACUCAUAGUGAGAAGCUGGCAUUGUGUUUUGGCCUAAUGAGCACAGCAUCUGGUUCUCCACUAUAUAUUUUCAAGAACCUAAGGAUAUGCCAAGACUGUCAUUCUGCUAUUAAGAUUGCCUCUGACGUAUACAAACGUGAAAUUGUUGUCCGAGAUCGUUAUCGUUUCCAUAGUUUCAAGCAGGGUUCUUGUUCUUGCUCUGACUAUUGGUGAAUGAACCUUUUGGACGAAGAAAUUGAAGUUUCAUUCAUCAGGGACUCAUUAGAGUAACUCGGUUUACAAUAUGAGGAGGU